GGAGGAGUUUGGAUUUGAUAUCUCGCUUUAUCACUACCCAAAGGAGUCUCAAAGCAGCUCACAAUCUCCUUUCCCUUCCUCUCCCAAGACCGGAACAUGUCGACAGAUGUUUGGGUGGGGUCCUGGCGCCCCCACCGGCCCAGAGGGCCAAUCGCUGCCCUCUACAGCAGUCCCGGGCCCAAAUAUGCUCUCCCAUCAAAUGUAGGCUACCAACUGCAUGACCCUUCUCGCACCCGGGCCCCGGCCUACAGCUUUGGCACUCGCCACUCCCAGGACCAAGAGAACUGCUCCCCCGGCCCGGGCUACCUCAUCCCAACCAACAUGACCAUGAGGGGCAGGGCUGGGAUUCCUGCUUAUUCCAUCUAUGGACGCCCCAAGGACGUGCCGCCUUUUAGGACCCCGGGGCCAGGCUGCUAUUCCCCGGAGAAAGCAGGGAGAUGGGCUUACCGCUCUGCCCCCAUGUAUUCCCUUGCCUACCGGACGAAGGAAUUCCAGAACGACCAGACACCAGGGCCUGCAGCCUACUGGCUCCCCCCCAUGAUGGGGCCCAAUGUGGUUGGCAAGACCUCAGCCCCCAAUUUCUCCAUUUAUGGGCGCAAGUCAAUUGGCAGCUUCUAUGAGGACCUCAGCAAGACGCCAGGGCCCUGCAACUACCGCCUGGUGGAUCCCAGCGUCUACAAGAAACGGCCACCACAGUUCAGCAUGCUGGCCCGCAACAUGCCCCCAGGAGACAACACUUUGAAGCCGGGUCCAGGAGCCUACAGCCCCGAGAAGCACACCCCGCAACGUGGCUUGAGCUUCGGGAUCCGCCACUCGGACUACGUGGCUCCUCUCAUUGUGGAGGUGGCAGAUUAAGCAGGCUCCAUCGGCGAAGACGG